UCCAACUCUAAAUAAUUUCACCAAGCCCAUCACCACCUCUACACCCUUCCCUUCCACCAUUUCAGCGAGAGGGAGAUUUAUAGAUUCUGAAACAAAGGAGAAUGAGAAAUGGUGGGGUUAAGUAUACUCUUGGAGAACCAUAAAAGUGGUACUUCUAGCACGAAAAGCCCUCAAGUUGUCAACAAAGCUACAAUGAAUAUUAACAACAAGUUUUCUUCUUCUUCUUCUUCUUCUUCUCAGUCGACUUUCCCUAUCCCUGCUUUUCUUCAGCGAUGCUUUCUCUGCCAACAGCCUCUAUUGCCAGGCAAAGAUAUCUACAUGUACAAGGGAGAGAGUGCUUUUUGUAGCGUGGAAUGCAGGUGCAGGCAAAUAUUCAAGGACGAAGAAGACGGUUUAAAGAAAGAAUACUGUUCAUUGGCUGCCAUGAAACCAACUUCCUCUGCGCCAGCUUCUGGUUCCCGUCGGCGAGGAAACAGAAACCGAGGAGGAGGUGACUCUGCCUACUGAAGAACGAUGAUGAAUACCGGAAAAAAAAUUGGUUUCGUUUGAGGAAAAAUUUUCUAUUCCAGUUUUACCCUUGCCUAAUUGUGUAAUAGCUAUUAUGUGCUAUGUCGUCUUGCUUCUUUGUUUGAAGCCAAAAAGGCUUUCAACCUUUUUGCCCCACGAAUCUAUCAAUCUAUGAGAGCCCCUGGUUUGAUUUGCUUCCAA